ACAAAAGCCGACCUCAUACAAACGGCGUGCUGCGCAGUCAAGCGACCUAUUUAGGAGCACGCGCUCAGGUAGUUUGAUCGGUCCAACUCACCUGGCUUUGUGCGCACACUGGGAUAACUGGCAGGGUGUGGUUUCAUGGGACGACAGCAGCUUGAUUUCUUCUGUCACAAACACACGCUAGAGAAACACAUGGUUUUAUAACGAGCGGGCAACUAACAGAGGAUGAGUAACUUUCUUUAAGUUGCUAUGAAAAUACACCAUGAAAUUCCAUAAAGAAAAGUUGAAAAAUCAAAUUCUUAUAAGAAGAUAUCUGUAGGAUAGACACGAUCCUGGAAGUUUUGAUGGCUGCUCCGUGUCACAGCUUCAUGUCACCUAGCAACGGUCUCUGGCGUCUCACAACAAAGGUCACGUGGCUGCUCCAGUUUCUUACAGUGGCGGUAAUUGUAUUGCAAGAUACUGCUUAUUCUCAAGUGACUGGCAAUAGCCCUCCACAACCAGGCACCUUUGCUAGAAACUUAGUAUGGCCAGAAGAUACACCCAUAGGUACUGUAAUAGGAAACAUAACAGCAUCUGAUGCAGAUGAUGGCCAAGUGUUAUAUUUCAACAUUGACACGGCUGAUGCUAAAGACCUUGUCAACCUCAGUAGCCCACGUAGUGACCCUACCAACAGUAGGACUAAAGUUGUGGACAUCAUCCUAAAAAGUCAACUGGAUAGAGAUUAUGCUCCCCCAGAGAGGAAACUCUACUUCAGUAUAUCAGAUACCUACAGUUCUAUUCCAGUAGAAAUUACAUUGUUUAUUAUGGAUGUGAAUGAUGUAGCACCCAAGUUUGUUAAUCUUCCAUACGAAGUAACAGUUAAAGAGGAUGUUACCAAUGGUACAAUCAUUUUUACUGGUGUGUCAGCCUUUGACCCUGACAAUGGACGAAACAUUGUGUUUACAAUGGAGUCUAACGCACAAGCAGCUGAUGAAGAAUACAUUAGCACAUUCCGCAUUGACCAGUUUACAGGGAAAAUAACUUUAGAACGUCCCUUGGAUUAUGAGAAACACAGCUACUACCAGUUUAAAAUUAUGGCUGAGGAUGAAGGCCAUUUGAAAGCUCAGCCAGUUGGUUUUGUUGUGUAUGUGCUGGAUGUUCAAGACACUGCACCUAAUUUUGUUAAUCUGCCUUACAGUGUACAGAUUGAUGAAGAUGCCCCAAUGGGUCAGUCCAUCCAGAAAGUGGUAGCAGUAGAUGGCGACAAAGGGAUUCCAAAUAGCAUCACAUACAGCUUUCUCAGUGGUGAUUCCAACAACUUUAACUUAGACUCCACGACAGGCAUCAUCACCAUCAAAAAACCACUAGACAGGGACUCUGACACUAUGAAGGCAACUGGUGGAGUCUAUGCCAUGAUAGUCCUGGCAGCUGAAGUGGUGCCAGCUGGACAAGUCAACAAAGGGGAAACAACUGCCACGACCCUGGUGACCAUCACUGUCAGAGAUGUUAAUGACAACGCCCCCACCUUCAGCCAGAGCAACUACAACGCCACCAUCUUGGAGAACAUGCAGCAAGGUGUACCUGUCAGCUUCCAGGGGAACAUCUUGCAGGUCUCAGACAUUGACCAGGGAACCAACAGUCACUUUGCCCUUACACUGGAGAAAAAUGGAGCAGUCAACUAUGAUUUCUCUCCCCUGCCCCAGCAGAUUUACUCCGAGUCCUCAGUUCUUAUUCGUGUCAACAACUCUGCUGUGUUGGACUAUGAAAAGAACAAGAUUAUUAUUUUUCAAAUUGUUGCACGUGAAAUGGAGACAAAGGAAAAACGUUCAAGUUCUGCCACUGUGACACUCUAUAUUGAAGAUAUGAAUGACAACGCACCACUCUUUGCUCAGGCCAACUACACAUUCAGUGUGUUUGAGAACACAGCCCCAGGGACACCAGUUCAAAACUUUACAGCCACAGAUAUUGAUUCGGACAUUUAUGGAACAAAAUCAAUAAGAUAUUCCUUGCGUGGUGGAAAUGGGAAGUUUACCAUUGACCCAGUUACUGGCACACUGAAGGUGUCUGGCAGCAUAGACAGGGAAGAAAACAACCAGUUUUACUUGAGCGUGGAGGCUAAAGAUGGCGGAGGUUUGCGUACCCCAGCGGAGGUGGUUGUAACUGUUCUGGACAUGAAUGACAACAGUCCAGUCUUUGUCAGGGAUGAUUAUGAAGGCAUCAUCAAAGAAGGCUCAUUACAAUUUAUAAGACAACUCAAAGUUCAGGCUUCUGAUGAGGAUGAGCCAGGCACCAAUAAUAGCUUAGUGUCAUACAGAAUAUCACAUACCCCUCCAAACCUCUCAAGCAACUUCACCAUAGGGGCUAGUACAGGAGUUAUAACUGUCACUAAUGCUUUGGACUAUGAGAAAUUGAGUAAAGAUUUGAACGGAGUUGUCACUCUUACAAUUGAAGCCUUUGAUGCAGGGAAUCCAGUGCUGAGCUCUAGUGUGGCUGUCAAUGUGACUGUUGAGGAUGUAAAUGAUUUCACACCUGUGUUCUCUAAAUCUCUCUACACACAAAGUGUACUGGAGAAUGUUACAGAGGAUUUUCUUGUGAUAACUGUCAAUGCCUCGGACCUUGAUGGCACCAGUCCAAAUAAAGACUUUAUUUAUCGCAUUGAGAGCGGUGCUCUUGAUAAAUUCAAAAUUAACUUUGAAACAGGAGAGCUUAGAGUGGAUAAUGGGGCUGAGUUAGACAGAGAAACAAAAGAUGAGUACACCCUAGUUCUGUCUGCCAUAGAUAGGGGGACACCACCUCGAACUGGCUCUUCUACUCUUAAGAUCACCUUGCUUGAUGUGAAUGAUGAAGUCCCUGUGUUCAAGAACCCGUCAGUCACCAUAGAGCUGAGUGAAAACACAGCUGUCUCUACCACGGUUUACUCAUUCACUGCCCUUGACCCUGACCUGAAAAACAAACUCAAGUACCGGCUGGGUGAAGUAGCCGCUGUCAGUAAAGACAAAAUAGAUGACAGGAUAAAUGUGACAUCAACUGGUGUCAAGUAUUAUUUUGGUAUCAAUGCAGAGACUGGGGAUGUGUUUGUUAACAGCACUCUAGACAGAGAGACAGCCACAAAAAUUGUCCUGCAAGUCAUUGUAGAGGACGUGAAUGCUGAGACAGGGAAACAAACUGCUACAGCAACACUGACAGUUAUCCUCCUUGACUACAAUGACAACCCACCAAAGUUUCUCCCCUCAUCUAACUACACUGCUGAAGCCAAUGAAGAUGAGGAAUUAUUUUUCAUCGUCCUUCAAGUCUCAGCCACAGAUGCAGAUGAAAGCCAGACCAUUAGCUACAGUAUUGGGGCAUCAACAGUUGAUGCCUUCACUAUCAACAAUGAAGGAACUGUUCAGCUCAAGGCAAAGCUAGACAGGGAGAAAAAUGAUAAAGUCAUUUUUCAAAUCAUUGCAAAAGACAACGGUGUCCCCCAGCUGACCUCCACAGCCACUGUAACUCUGCGUGUUCUGGACGCCAAUGACAACUGGCCCAUCUUUAACCCUUACAACACUACCUACACUGUCUUAGAGAGUGAAGCUGUGGGCUAUAAAGUGGGCGUGGUUGUGGCAACUGAUCAAGACAUUGGAGAUUAUGGCACUGUGUUCUAUACACUAGAAGGCAUAGACAACGAUGGCAGCUUUGCCAUCAAUGAGAAAUCUGGGGAGAUCAGUGUAUCAAAAGCUUUAGACAGAGAAAGAAAGGCAGCAUACAUCAUUGGGGUCAUAGCCACUGAUUCUAAAGAUGAUCCCACUCAGCAAAAGAGCAACCACUCCCAACCAAUCACAAUCAAGAUUGGUGAUGUGGAUGACAAUCCGCCCCAGAUUACAGCUGUCAUCCCAGAGAGGCCGUCCAUCACAGAGACCACGCCCACCAGUCAGCCCAUCGCAUCUGUUGUGGCAGUGGACGCUGAUGACAAAAACACUGACAAUGGCCGAGUGAUUUACUCGCUAACUUCUGACACUAAUGCUACGUCAUCUAAUGGAACAGCUUUCUUCAGUAUCAACUCAUCCAGUGGUAUCAUAUCACCAGCCAUUGUUUUAGAAAACCAUUCUGGCACUUUCUACAUCACAGUCAAAGUGACAAACAUUGGCCAGAUUUUUAAUGCCACCAGGAAGAUUUUUAUAGACAUCACUGAUGUCAAUGACAACGUGCCAAAGUUUACCAGACCUACCCCAGGAAACACAGCAGCAUUUAUUUCUGAGAAUGUGGAGGUAGGAACAUCAGUAUUUCAGCUUGAGGCUGUUGAUGGGGACACAGGCCCAAAUGGAGAGAUGAGGUUCUCUAUAGUCCCUACAGGUGGUUCUAAUGAUGGCUCCAAAUUGUUUGCUGUUCACAACAUCACUGGCUUGAUCACAACCAAAGCAGAAAUCAAUGCAGAGGACGGAAACAUGUAUCAGCUGAAACUUGUAGUCCAAGACCUGGGCACACCCAUUCCAUUCAGCAGUUCUGUCACCAUGACAAUCUUUGUGAUGGACAAGAAUGACCACAAGCCAGAGUUUGACGGGCUGGGUGUACCUUACCAGAUUGGCAUGGUAGAGAACCGGAUGGGUUGUGUCAAUCUCAGCCUAGCCAUUGACAAAGACUUGAACAUUAACUUCACUCUUAUUUGCUAUUACAUCAUUGGAUCAUCUUUGAUGGACACUUUUCUGAUGGACACACCAUCAGGGAAACUUUGUCUAAACCAGACUCUGGACAGGGAGAGCACCAUGUUUAUCAAUAUUGUAAUUCAGGCUCUGGAUGACUGUUACAAGGACCAAGUGAUUGAGAAAAUUUAUCCUUUUGAGAAUGGCCAACAGUAUCCAUCAAUGUAUCGUCCCUCGCAAACUGACAAAUUAUGGGUUGAAAUUGAGGUGCAAGAUGUAAAUGAUAACCCACCUCUAUUUAAAAGUAAAGAACUGACCCUGGGGGUAACGAGGGUGACACAGUUUGGAAAGUUCAUAAUGGAGUUGAAGGAUGAUGUGGAAGACAAGGACUCAUCCAGAUGGGGUGUGGACUACUUCAAUGCAACAUCAGCAUUCACAGCACACCCAGAGGCAUUGAAAAAUGAGCUGCUUGGGUUGGGUGUCAUUGAGCCGUUUAAACUUUUCCCCAAUGGCUCAGUGAAGACCAACAUGUACUUUAAGCCUCAAAUGACUGGUUUUUUCACUGUAGAUCUCGUGGUCUAUGAUAAAGGUGGACUGUAUGAUACUGCAAAACUUCGGAUAUCAUUGAUCAAUGAUGACCAAAGACUGAUCAUUAUAUUCAGAAGAACAAUUGAUACUGUAGGACCAAUCAAAGAGGCUGUCAUCAGUUCUCUAAGCAAAAAGAUAGGUGUUAGAAUAAUUGCAGAUUCCAUCCAGACUCAUGAAACUGAUGAGGGUGUUGCAGAUCUUGCAAAAACAGACAUGUUUAUCCAUGGAGAAGACUAUGAGACAAAUGAAGUUGUGCCUGUUAACAAGUUACUAAGCCUCUUUGAUCAAAAGAAUGCCUUGUUAAUUGGACUUCUUAAUGAGUACAAUGUUUUACAAAUUGUGCCUGCAGUAAGACAAGUAGUAGACAGUGGCAUUGAAGACAAGUUAAAAAUGGCCAUCAUCCUCAUCUCAGUGGUGCUAGGCAUAACUUGCAUUGUACUAUCUAUAGUCCUGUGGUAUGUCAACAAAAGAUACAAAAGAAAACUGAAAGCCGCCACAGCCAUGGCCUACAUCAACUCAGGAGUUGCCCCCAAUGAUAGUGACCUCUAUAAAGCAGAUAUUCCUGGAACACAUAUUCACUCUUAUGAAAAUGCCAACCCCAUUUUCUUAGAGAAGAUAAUGUUGGAUAGUCAUGAUGAUGGCCUGAGCCUGAGUGAGUUGUAUGACCCAGCCUUCACCAGCCAGAGUACAAUAGAGGAUCAUGAAAUGCCAGUCUCUCUGGCUAAUGGUCGGCAGGAAACCAAAUUUACUGCUGGUCCAUCCAUUACAACUGACCCGUACAUAUCACGAUGUAUGGCGCCAGCAAAAACUAAUUCAACCCUGAGCUCAGUACGUAAUGACCGUAGCACAAUGAAUUUGAUUGAAGAGAUAGAAGAUUCUACCAGGAGGAGAGACAGUGGGAUUGGGGAGAGAUCAGGGACGUCUGGACCUUCAGACAGGUCGGAGUAUACCAUCUACAACCACAUCUACACCAACCCCAAGCAGGUCAAAGCCGUCCCUUCUAGACCAGCACCUUUGACCCGUCCAAACAACACAAGCACAUUGAAGAAUGGCAGCUCUGGGUCAAAGGUUGCCUGCACCAAUGGUUCAGCUCAUUACACCAUCAAACCAGCACCACACUCUAAACCCUGGCAACAUACAACAAACAAUGGGCAAGCCACCAGGGGCUCUCUUCAGAAAGAAAUGGAUGAGAUGGCUUACAGGCUGUCAGUGUCUUCUGAUGAAGUGUCUCAGGCUUAUUCAGAUUUCAGGAAUGGCUUGCAUGGCAGUCACUAUGGCAGCAGUGUUGAUCUAACAGACUUAUAGCAUUCCAAGAAUUGUUGGUUUCAAUGAGGCUCCUGGCACUUCAUCACAGGUGAAGUAUAGCAUUACAGCUGGAUGAUCUAUGAUCUUCUCUUCAAGUUAUUUAUACAAAACAAAAAAAUAAUUAGGCUAUCAAAUUUUUGUUUUAUCCCAUGCAGCUUCACAAGACUAAAAUAAGGCUAAAAUGGAACUAAUGUCAAUCUGUAGAUAUUUUUGUCAUUUGAAAUUAUUGUUUUGCAAAAUUAUCAAUUUUUGAAUGGGCUGAAAAGGUUUCCACUGCAUAAUCUUAAACACAUCAUCACUCAUUUCUCACUAAAAUAACUUUUGCAAAUAUAUCUUAGAUACAUUUUAUCAGGCUAAAUGUCCUUUCUGGGGUUUUGAAUUUUAAUUUUGUCCUGACUUCACGUUCACUCUCAAGUAAAAUGAUGUCAGAAAUUAGAAAAAUCAAUGAACUAUUUUUUAGAAUUUUAAAUAUUCUGCUUCACAAUAUUUUUGAUGUUCUGCAUCACAUAGCUGCCUUCAAAACAAAGAUAAAAUUAUACUAGAAGUUAUGACAGUUGUAACAGUCUUAGUUUUAUGUCAUUAUCUCACAUAUUGUCAUCAAAUCAAAAGAACAUUAUGUACAAGAUAUUUAUUUGUGAAUUUUUUUUAAUAUGAUCACUGAUUUUUGCUUGACUUAUUGUAUUUUUCUAACAUAGUUUUCUGAAAAAAAAAGUUUGAACAACUCUCUUGUUGGUUCAGAAAUUAUCAGCAAUUUCCAGUGGUGUCUUGUUUUUCUUUUUUUGUUGUUGUAAAUAAUUGGUUCACCAUUUUGUUGUUGUAAAGGUAAGCUGUAUGAAAACAAAAAAGAUUGUAAAUGAUGUUCCUCAAAUGGUGUAUUAGCUCACACAUAGUGCUGUAUAGUGCUGUAUAGCGCUGUAUAGUGCUGUACAGUGCUGUUGGCCCUAUUUACUUGACCAUUUCCUGCUGCAUUUAUUUAUUUCUGAAGCUUUGCAAUGCAGUCAGUGACUGGUAAUUGACUAAAUCAUUUAUUCAAUUUUUUAAAUAUUAAUUUUUUAUCUAAACAUUCCAAAUAUUAAAAAAAUGCAUUUGGAAUCUGUGAAAAUGAUUUCAUACGCCAAUUAUUUAUUAAUAUAAAUCGUGUUACCUUUGGAUGAAUUUAUUUAUUGUCAUCAUUGUUGUAUUUAUGCAAAUUCAAACGACUUUUGAUAAUGUUUCUAGUGUAAGUUAUUUUUAAUUAAAAUGAUUGUAUUGAUCCUAUAGAAUAAAAAGAUACAUUAGCCAAUGAUUGAAGCAGGACCUUCCACAAGGUAUGCCUACAACUAAAAGGCACUGAUUGUGAUACCUGUUAUAUAUUUCAUUCAGGGUUCAAAUGUUUUAAAUUUCUUAUAUUUCAAGUUCUUGCCAAUAGUAUUUUUAAACUUGACACAAAGUUGUGUGUGAUAAGAAAUGUUUCAAAUGUUUAACCUGUUCAGAAUAUUGUAUACUAUUUGGUCAUUCACUUGCAUUUAAGACAAUUGUAAAAAAAAUUAAUGUAAAUAGAAAUAAGACAUUAAUUAAUUACUAAAGUAUGAAUCCCUAGGGAUGAGUCUUUAACAUAAGCUACAUAUUGUAUAUCCAAAUAUUUGUUUAUUAGCCACAAAAUACACAUGCAUUUUUUAAAUUGGGUUUUGUUUUUAAUUAUAGAUUUUUUUAGAUUGUUUUAAAUUUUAACUUCCAUAAAAAUAAAUAUUUUUUACUAGGCCUAAUUAUGUUAAUUUAAAAUCAAGUUAGAACACAAUUUUAAUCAACUCACACAUAUUUUUAUAACCUCUAGUAUAUCUACAUGUAAUUUAUUUAGACAAACAUUGUAAGUUGUAAAUUUCUCUGAUUUUUAUUCUCAAUGUGUACAUACUUUUUUUUAAAAUUUAGGUUUUUCAAACAGAAAAUAUUUUGUUUAGCAAAUUGUUGUUAGAGUGUAUAUCACACUUGUAAGAGUGGCAUUGCUGUGUGUAUGGGGUCAUCCAUUAAUGAGACCCCCAAAUUUG